CUUGAGCUGCUGUCCCCACAGACAUCUUCCAGCCAAUCAUUUCUCGACACCAUUUUUUGUGUUAGAACUCUCUUCUUCUGUUAUAUCACUCUGUGUUUUCUACGGCCUCAAAGAUCAUUCUCUUUUAACAAACAUAACUGAAAUAACAUGGAUCAUUCAUUUGUAAACUCAGUAACGGGAUUGCCUUUUAUCAUUUUUCCUUAAUCUCUCUGCAUAUGUGUGUGUAUAUACACACAUCUGUGUAUCUAUCUCUUUCUCUCUCUAGUCAAGUAAAGCAACUACAAAUUUCUGUCUCUGUGUUCAAGAAUUUCAAAUCCCCCAUCAUCCCCAAGUUAGAUCCAUCCACUUUUUGUAACAAAUUCUUGAAUUUUCUUUGGGUUUCGGAAAUUAUGUAGUCUUUUCUUGAUUCUUCACCUCCUGUCAAUUUUUGUUGAUUAUUAGUAAUUUUUUUAUACUGUUCAGUACUAUACAGUUCUCUCAAGUAGACAAGCCAUCAGAUUCCAUUCCAAUGCUUCUUGAUCUAAUGCUUAUUCCUUCAUAAGAAACUUACACCUUCUAUAUAUUUCCUCUCCAUUUAUUCAAGUCUUUUAGCUAGUUGCUACCUAGGUUUUCCAGAAAUUUUGACUAUUUCAUUUCCAGCUACAAUGAACAGAGGAAUAGGGUUUCAAUCUCCUGCGUCAUAUAUGAGUACAUCAAAUUGGUUGUUCCAGGAAAGUGUGGCGACAAAGUGGACUCCUGAAGAGAACAAAAGGUUUGAGAAUGCUCUUGCAUUAUUCGACAAAAAUACUCCAGACAGAUGGAACAAUGUGGCAGCUAUGAUCCCGGGAAAGACUGUAAGUGAUGUGAUCAAACAGUAUAUGGAAUUGGUAGAAGAUGUUAAUGAUAUAGAAGCUGGGAUAAUACCAAUACCUGGGUACAACAAUAAUUCUUUCACAUUGGAUUGGGUGAAUAACCAAUGUUAUGAUGGAUACAGAUCUCCCUGUGGUUCGGCCGGUAGUCGGCACUCAUCCACUCGGUUGUCUGAACACGAAAGGAAAAAGGGUGUACCAUGGACGGAAGAAGAGCACAGGCAAUUUCUGUUGGGGCUGAAAAAAUAUGGAAAAGGAGACUGGAGAAAUAUCUCGCGCAACUUUGUGACGACGAGGACUCCAACUCAGGUUGCUAGUCAUGCUCAGAAGUACUUUAUCAGGCAGCUUUCUGGAGGGAAGGAUAAGAAAAGAUCAAGUAUACAUGAUAUCACAACUGUCGAUCUUACAGAAAUGAAAUCGCCUUCAUCAGACAAAGAUAGACCUCAAUCACCAGAUAAAUCUACCUUUGUUAUGCAUUUUCAACAGAAUUCAGUCUGUAAUCAGCCAAAUCAAGGUGCAAGAACGGCGUUCAACCUACCAAAUAGUAGCCUGAUCACGACGCAUCUUCGAGGUACUCCUUCAUUUGCAGUACUAAAUCCGCAUAACCGUCACAUGCAAAGUAUUAGUCCUCAUGUACUCGAGUUGGGACAUCCUGAUACAAUUUUUCAAAUGCAGCCCUCCCCACAUAAGUGAUUUCACAAUGCCGCUAGAAAUCAAGUAGAGAGUUAUUCGACGUCAUGUGAAUGUGUUAAUGAAGGCUAAAGUUAGCCGAUGUUAUUCGGAAACUAUCACAAGACUCAAACAUGUUAGCAAGUGUACUCAGGAUGCGUUUGGUAUGCAACAUGAUUGGACAAUACAAUGAACAAGAUUUUAGAAAAUUAAGAUUGUGUUUUGUAAAUAGCACUUUUCAACGAAAGGUUCAUUCCGGUGAUAAGGAAUUGUACUAUGGCUAGAUGCUGCAUUAAGAGGGAUACAUUGUCAAGGAUAGUUUACUUUAAGCACACAAGGUAAAUGAAAAUUUGGCUAGGAAAAGGUUCUUUGGAAAUGAGUUUAGAGGACAGAAAAGGUGUAUAAAAAGCUUCAAGAAAUGUCUUACAUAUCAUUUUCAGUAUAUCUAUUGCAAAUAAUAGAAGUACAAGUUGUCUACCUAGAAAGUUUAUUGUACUUCCUACCUAUCUUCAAGA